UGUUUAAAUGCUUAAAUGGCAUCUUCCUAUCUUCACACUAUUCAUCUCAAUUCAGUCCAAAUUUCCAAGCCAUCAUCAUGCCUACCUCCACACUCCAAUAACCAAUUCACAUCAAUCCCAUUUCCUAAUCCUCAGUAUCUAUACAAACACUACCAUAUCUCCUGCAUCCCCACAAGUCCCACUGUUCCCCUCAAAGCUACAUCCACAUCCAUCCAUUCCUCACUCUCUUCCCCUAACCCACCCAUCUCAAAGGAAGAGGCCAUUCUUCAGGCAAAAACAUCCCUUUUAACAACCUUAGAGAAGCCCCUCAACAACCCAAAACCAUUAGGCAAACUCAAGAAACUAAGGCAACCCAAGUUCCGGGUUGAAAUUCCUGUCAUUGAUGACUCACAAGAUUCACUUUCCCAACUUGCUCUUGAUAUUUUUGGGGACAUACCCAUCAAAAGAAAAGGUUCUCCCAUUAAGAUCUUAAUCCUGUGGCCUUAUCCUAGCUUAAGAGAAGCUGCCACUGUGGCCUUUCAGUCUCUUUCAACUAGCCAAGUUGAACACUUUGACAUUCCUUCAGUGGCCAAAACUGACCCCAGAAUCUUGAAUUCUGCGGAUGUGGCAAUAUUUUUGGUUCCAGAGAGUUCCCAAUUGGCACUGAUGAAAACAGUGAGUGAUGCCUUUUAUCCAAAGCCUGUAGUGAUGUUUAAUCCAAAAUGGGCAUUUGAGGAAGAGAGUAACUUUGGUCUAAGUGGCUUUGUGGGUUCUUUUGAAGUAGUUUAUUCUUUUAUGGGGUUGGAGGUGAGAGGGAUAUUUAACAAAAGAAAAGGUGUGAUUUUUAAGUGUGUGAGAGAUGGGGUUGUGAGUGGAGAGAGAUGGAAUGUUCUUGUAGAAGAAGGAGAAGAACUGAAGGUGGUUUCCUCCUUCAAAGCCAGGCCAACCAUUGGUGAAGUUGAGAGUGUGUUGUACAAUCUAAUGGCUAUCAAUUCGCCUAUAACUAAGUCUGCAAAGUUCAUCAGGGGAUUGGUAUCCAAUGUGACAGGGAAAAAGUAAAUGGAGCAAAAGGAUUGGUCUUCAAGAUCUUUUAUUUAUAUGAACUGCGGAUAGAACAUGUUUGUGAUAAUGUCUCACUGAAUGUAGGUUCAACACUAUGACCAUCUUAUGAAGUAAGCAUGUAGUAGUACUCGCCAAUUUUGAAUGAGAAUUCAGAUUAAUUUCGGGACCAUGCCUCAAGUUCUUGAUAUUCUGUAUACAGUAUAGUUAAACAUCCGUGUAAUUAUGAAACAAUGCCACAUGAUUGCAAGAUACUACGGCCUCAAUAUGAAAAACAUGAGAAGAAACUCUGCUAUUAGCUUGAUACAUUAUAUGUAGACUGAAAGG